AUGUCGUCGCUAACAGUACCAUCUUCUCAUGAAAAUAUUCUACCAUCAACAGUGAAUAUCAAAUUUUCUCGUAUUGCACUUACACCUGGUGGACAAAAAUCAACAGAACUAGUAUAUUUUAAUUGCGAAGAAGAUAUUGGGCAAGCAAUAGAAUCAAUUUUUCAACAUAAAAUAUUUGAUUUAUCAUCACCAAAGCUUAUUAUUGUACUUGAAGGUGGUCUUAAUAAUUCUUCUGAAAGAUUAAAUGAUUUUAAUGAAAAACAAUUUUCAACAUCAGUUGCAAGAUUACUUUUAGAUAUUGGACGAAAUAAAUUACGUAAUGAUGAAGGUGCUCCAUGGUUAUUUUGUAAAAUUCAACAUGAUUCAGUUGCUGGACGUAUUAUUCAAAUAACAAGAAAACAAUAUUUAGCUAAUAAUAUACCUUUAUCACAAUUUGUUACAAUUGGUGUUGAUGUCUGUCCUUCAAUAUCGUUAGAAGACGCUCCAUAUAAUUACCAAUCACUUGUUGAUGCUGUUUCACAUGAUUAUCAAGAUAAUACAAAAACUGAAACAAUUACGAAUACUAAUCGUUUAUUAAAUAAACGAUUAUCACGUGUUAUUUUAUAUGGAAGAAAAGAACAAGAUUUAACUGAUCAACGUUGUCUAUUACAACGAUGUGUAGAAGAAAUUGGACGAAUUCGGGAUAAUGAUAAAACCGAAUGUGUUAGUAUACCGAAAAUAAUGUUACUUUAUGGUGGUGAUACAAACAAUGUUGAACCAAUUUAUCGAUUAUUGAAUGUUGACCUUGAUCGAAGAAAAUUUGGUUUGGUCAUUGUGAGAGGUUCUGGUGGCUUAGCUGAUAUUCUUGCUUGGGCUUGUGAUAAGAUUCGAAGUGGUGGAACAUGUGUACAGAAUUUUGAACCAAAAAUAUUAACAAGAACAUUUCUUCGAGAAUUAAAAGUACUUGUUAAUCAACUACUUGGUAAUGAUUUAACUGAUGACUUAAUAACAUUAAUUACUUAUUUGGCAAUAACUCGAUGUAAAAAAGUACGUGUUUGUGAUGAAGAUGAUGAUCUUUCUUUAUAUCUUCUUGAAGCAUUAGUAACAGAAAAUCAAAGUCAACGUUUAUCAUCAUUGAAAUUGCAUUUAUCAUUAGCUUUUGAUUUAAAUCAACCAAAAUUUGCUAGUCGAAUGUUACGUGCAAAUCAAGAUAUGUUAGAAGAAGACUUGAUACAAUUAGCUAAAAUGGCAAUUAUACGAGAUCAAGUGGAAUUUCUUCAUGUAUUAGAAGAUACUUGUGGCAUAACAUCAGAUGAUCUUGGAGAAAAAUUUGAAUAUGAAUUAAGUUCAAACAUGAAUUAUAAUCAUGAUCUUUUUCUUGAACGGAUUCAAAAAGAUUUUGGGUGUAAUCUUGAAGAUGUUUAUCGAACAGUCGAUGAAAAUAAUGAAACAGCAGAAGAUGAAACACAAUUAAUUAAUGUUAAAUUAUUUUUAUGGGCAGUAUUUUUUGAUCAUUAUAAUUUAUCAUUACAUUUUUGGAGACGUCUUAAUGAUCGAUUAUGUGGUGCACUUGUUGCUGCACUUGUCUAUCGUCGUACGGCUGAUUUAUAUGUAAAACAAAGUUCAUCAGAACUUGUUACUGUACAAAAACUAAGGCAUCAUGCUGAUGAAUAUGAAGCUCUUGCUAUACGUCUUCUUCAAUGUCUUUAUUUAUCUAAUCCAAAUAUGGCACGAUUUUCGUUAAAACGUGAAAAUUUUGAAUUCAAUAAAUUCUCAUCAUUGGAGGUUGCCAUUAUGUCACAUAGUGAAAAUUUUGUUGGACAUACAAGUGUUCAAGAAGUAUUUGAUGUUAUUUGGAGUGGUAAAACAAUUCAGAAAAUUGAAGAAAAAAAUUUCGAUCGAAUACAUAAAAAUACUACUUCUUCAUUCGGUCAAGCUACAACUGGAAUUCAAGCAAACGAUAACAAAAGUCUAUUAAAAUAUAUUUUAACAAUAAAAAAUAAAUUAGCUCGACCACGAGUUAAAUAUCAAGUUCAUCUUUUAUUUUAUAUGAUUUUCUUAAGUCUUCUAUCAUAUUUUGUACUUUUUGGUAAAUCAUGUUUAUAUAAUGUAAAUGAAGAAAUAACAUUGUUAACAUUAAAUGAUACAUGUUCACAAAAUAAUACAUUAUGUGCAAUAACAAAAUCUUCCAACCCAUCAUGGUCAUUUUUAAAAAUGAUUAUUAAUAUUUGGGUAUUUAUGUUUGCACUUGAAGAAUUUCGACAAGUAAAAUUAUUUAAAACAAAAGAUAAUGGUGUAAGGCAAACAUUUAUGCUUUAUCUUGAUGAAUCUUGGAAUAAGCUUGAUAGUCUUUGUAUUAUUAUGUAUGUUGCUUCCAUUAUGUUGGAAAUUUGGCAUACCGAAGCAACAUUAAAUGCAGCAAGAGCAUUUCUUGCUAUCGAUGUCGUUUUAUGGUUUAUACGUUUAUUAAUAUUAUUGAUGAUUGAUCGUACAGUUGGACCAAUACUUUUGAUGAUUCAAGCUAUGCUUAAUGAUAUGAUGACAUUCUUUUCGAUAUUCUUUGUCUUUACAUCGGCCUAUGGUGUUGCUUCAUACUCGUUGUUACAAAGUAGAGAAAUUCCAUUUGGUUUUGCAGUUUUUCGAAAAAUUUUUCAUGCUGCUUAUUGGCAUGUCUUUGGUCAAAUUAAUGAUCUUGAUGAUGUAAAAGAUAAUUUUGAAGUAACUGGAUGGGCAGCUUUUGUACUGCUAGCUUUUUAUAUGGCUAUUAGUAAUAUCGUAUUGGUUAAUUUACUUGUUGCUAUGUUUUCCAACACAUUUGAUCGAAUGUAUGCAAAAAUGGAUACAUUAUGGAAAUUUCAUCGUUAUCAUAUCAUCAAAGAAUAUACAAUUCUUUCUCCAUUACCUCCGCCAUUGAAUCUAUUUGGUACAGCAAAUUAUGAAUUAAAACCAUUUAAUCCAGAAUUGUCAUCUGAACAAAUAUUAAAUUUACGACGACGUGAAGCACUUGCCUAUGAAAGUGAUGUAUUUGACCAAGCAACAAAAGAAAACCAAUCGGAUGUUAAUCGACAAGAAAAACUUGAUUUGCAAUUACGUCACUUACGUAAAAUGAUUUCACUUGUUAAAGUUACAUGUGAAGCAUCAACAAUGGAUGAAUAA